ACAUUUCUCGUAGCACAUGCUGAAACGUCAAAACAAAUCACAUUAAAGUUACCGUAAAUUACGUUUGUUUUCAGCACAAAACUAAAAUCCACAAGUUGUUUUGUUCAAACAACAUCAAAGAUGAGUGAAAUUCAAAAUGAUUCAUCGCAAAUUGUGGCCGAAUGCACUGUCGUCACUGACACCACUUUAAAAUCAAGCGAAAUUCCAUCCGAAGCAAAUGUGCCAACCACUCAGGACCUGUCAGAGCGUAGUGAAAUUUUAUCGAAGCGAAAACAGAAGAAAAUAUUGAAAAUGGCUAAAUGGCAAGAGAUGAAAAAGAUUAAGCGACAAAAACAACGGGAAAAACAAAAAGAACGGCGAGCCACCGAGGUGAAAUUGGGCAUCAUCGGUCCAAGUGCCAAACGAAAAAAAUUGAAAGCAAAUAAAAUGGAUGAGAGCCCAAAUUUAGUGACUGUAGCCAUUGAUUUUGAUUACGAUCAAUUGAUGUUAGACAAAGAUAUAGGCAAAUGUUCGAAGCAAAUGUUGCGCGUGUACACAGAAAAUCGAAAAUCAAAAAUGCCAAUUCAAUUGCAUUUCACAAGUAUUCGGGAAAAUAGUCGCAUUAAAAAUUCAUUGAGUCGAAAUGAUGGAUACGCGAAUUGGGAUGUGAAAAUACAUGAAAAACCAUAUUUUGAUCUAUUUGAUCAUAGUUCAAUUGUGUAUUUAACCAGCGAUUCGGAUCAUGUACUAGAUGAAUUGGAUCCGAAGGCAGUGUACAUUAUUGGUGGAUUGGUUGAUCAUGGACAUUGCAAAGGCGAAUCACUGCAGCGAGCCGAAGAGAAAGGUUUUAAAACCGCCCGAUUACCACUUAGCGAACACAUUGAAAUGAAAACUAGAAGUGUUCUCACAAUUGUACAUGUAUUUGAAAUUCUUUUGAGGGUUUCGGAGGGAAAACCGUGGAAAAAAACGCUACUGGAAGUUUUACCACAACGAAAAUUCAACCCGGAAGGCAAAAAAAGGCGAAAAAAGGAUGAAACAGGCAGCCAAGGGAAUAAAGACGACGACGAUACGUCCAGCGAAAAUGAAAACAAAGACGAAUCAAUGUGUGAAGAGAAGAUUAGCGAAAAUUCAAUGUCAACGAUUUAAAUUGUUCCAUUUUUUUUCUCUCUAGAGAUUAAAAACAAAAAAAA